UACCUCCGGCAGUUGUUGGUAUCGGAUCGUCGUAUCGAAUAAAGGACUGUCUUACAAGGAUAUACGUUUUCGUUGUCUGCUUUCACGAUACCCAAAACCGUCAAAAGGUGAUGGGCUCAGAUCGCUCUGUUCACUGCGCUUGAAGUAUUAUGUGAAGAAAAGACAAGGGAGAAUACGGAACGAGAAAUAUCAAGGAGAAAUUAAAUUUAUUAUUUCGCUGAUUGAUCGUGACGCUGGCGAGUGAUAUCACACCCGUGUACAACUGUUUGAUGACCAUCUUAACGACAGUAAAAGCACAACCAAUCGGCCAAAAUGUCGAUCUUAAAGGAAAUUUUAGCCAAAUGCAAACAAGCAUUGUUUAUUGAAGAAGAGGACAUACAGGUCACAGCAAUGAUUGAUGAGCAUUCCUUUUCAGUACAGUUUACGACUGGUGAAAAGUUUGUUUUGAGUAAAGAAAAAUUGAAGGGUAAAUGGGAUGUCUUAAAGACAGAAUUAACGAACCUUGAACGAAACCAGGACUCAGGCGGCGGUUCAGGCGAAGGUAAUUCCAAAGGUUUGGUUGAGUCAAAGGAGAAGGAUCCAAUAAAGGUGAAAGAGAUUCGAGGGAUCAAUUUUAACGACUGUAUAACGAAUGAUGACUCGGAUCAAACCGUGGAAAAGACUGUUGAGAACACGGUUCAAGCUUCUCACUCCGGAACUGAUAAGCCUGUUAAACGAAAACGGGAUAAAGGUAAAUAACAGCAGUUGACUCAGCUCCUAUCGGAAGAGAUAUUUAACGACUGUAAAAGAUGUUAAUUGAACGACUGUAAUGACGACCAUAAAUUAAACGACUGUAACUACGACUGUGAACUAAACGAUUGUAAAUAAAUUUGUUCAUAACUAUUACAGAAA